UGUGGAUAAAAAGAGUGAAGGCGAGCAGAGCAGUCAUCAGUGUUUCCUGGUUGACUGCACCUGAGCAGCACUUGUGUCGGAUCCACGGGAGAGUUUUCAUCUGCAACUGAUGGAUUCUCUUUUUUAAAGCUGGACUGUGUUGAUCCUGCUGGGCUUGAAAAUAAAACAUGGAGAACAACACAACAUUUUUUCAGGACGUCGCCAGUGCCGUGAAUCAGACGGAGAUGCCUCUGAACUCUUUUGAAGAACAAGUUAUCACAAUUUUUCUGACAAUGCUCAUAUGCGGCGUUGGGAUUGCUGGAAACAUCAUGGUGGUGCUCGUGGUGCUGCGAACCCGUCACAUGGUGACGCCCACUAACUGUUACCUGGUCAGUCUGGCUGUCGCUGACCUCAUCGUUCUGUUGGCUGCGGGCCUGCCCAACAUCUCUGAUGUUGUUGCCUUCUGGAUAUACGGCUACACGGGAUGCCUGUGUAUAACGUACCUUCAGUACCUCGGCAUCAACGUGUCCUCAUGCUCCAUCACGGCGUUCACCAUUGAACGCUACAUCGCUAUUUGUCACUCCAUAAAGGCCCAGUUCAUUUGCACGGUUUCYCGGGCCAAAAGGAUCAUAGCUGGAGUCUGGAUCUUCACYUCGCUCUACUGUACGAUGUGGUUCUUCUUGGUAGAUACUAAUGAAACCGUCUACASCAACGGGGUGGUGGUCAAGUGUGGCUACCGUGUCUCCAGGAGUCUUUACAUGCCAAUUUACUUCCUGGACUUCACUCUGUUUUACGUGACCCCUCUCAUUGUAGCCACAGUGCUGUAUGGACUCAUUGCAAAGAUUUUAUUCAUGAGUCCUCUGCCGUCACAUCUGAAUGAUGGAGCAGCAGGAGGAUCAGUCCACCGGGGUCACGCCAACAGCACCAGCAAGGCCAGUAAGGGAGCUUUCACUGCCAGGAAGCAGAUAACAAAGAUGCUGGUUGUGGUGGUGAUUCUUUUCGCCUUGCUGUGGAUGCCUUACCGAACAGUGGUGGUUGUCAACUCCUUCAUAGACCCGCCUUACCUCGACUCUUGGUUCCUCCUCUUCUGUCGUAUGUGCGUCUACACCAACAGCGCCAUCAACCCAAUCAUCUACAACCUCAUGUCUCAGAAGUUUCGUGUCGCRUUCAAAAAGCUCUGUAAGUGCAGCUGGCAGCAAAGGGAGGCCAAGUACAACAUGCCGAUUUACUACAGCGCGAUGAAGAAUUCGUCCCACGGAAGCAAUGAAGCGGGUACAGACCAGGARGAACUCAGCAGCCAAACAACUAACCGUUCGAACAUAAAAGGACAAAAAUAAUGCCACACACCAGGUUUCUUAAGAAAACAUUAUUUCUGUUUGAAAAAGUCAGAGUUUAUCUAGAAAAAAAGUAAUUUGAUGUUUAGUUUUCUUGUUAUUUCCAUUUGUUAAAAAGUGUAAUUAGAAUUUGUAAAUAUUCAUCUAUUGAAGAAAUAAUGUAGGGUUUGGUGUGUGGACUUACAGAUGUGCUUUUGAUGCUUGGUGCUGAAACACGCAGCGGUCUGAGCUGAGCUUUGGUUUUCUUGGCCACAAAGGCACUACAAACUGGGUCCAUGUCACACACAUUACCAAAAAACUGUUUUAUUUUAAACGCACUGAACAUUAAAUACUAACUACUUUAAUUUAUACUAAAAUAUAAAGACGAAAGUACUUGAAAAUAAUAAACAUUUAAUGUGAUGCAUGUACAGCAGAUGCCUGUUUUGCAUAUUUUGUAUUACGCCUUCAGACAAUGCCCAUGCUUUAUGUUAACUAGAUUUGUCGAGAGUCUGUUCUGUGCAACAAGGCCUUUGUUAUGAGUGUCUCUGUAUCUCCUGAGAGCUCUUGUCCUUUCCAUGUGAUCACCACACAUUUCUGACGCACUGAUGACCCACAACCCACCGUCCAUUUGCCCUGUUCUUAGUAGGCAAAAUGUUUAUAUAAUUUAAAUGAGACAAGACAAAAAUUAUAGACAGAAUGUGAAUGCCUAUAAAUAUGUCUGUGGUCAUUCUGUGCAUCAUAUCUCAUGCAUCUUCAAGGAUUUGCAGUAUUUAAUCAGUAAAACACAAAGAAAGAUCUAUAACUGGAAUCUAAACGUAUGCAGUCCCUAAAAGGAAGUGUUCAGUAUUAUAUCAAUUAUAUCAAUUGGCUUUUUAGCCAUAAAUAUUUGCCUGAACAUGCAACUGUUGUUUGAGUUCUUCACCACUCUCAGCUUUAUGAGAGAGUGUCAAAGAGAAAACUACAAACUCAGAUUAAAUCUAGACCAGAGUUGGAAAACUUCAUGUUUCAGUUCUUCUCUGCAUAGAUAGGGGAUAAAAUGAUAAAAUGAAGCCAGCGGGUAAAAUGAAGGCCACAAAAUAUCACCAAAUCCUGGAGAAAAUUCUGACGCUGUCUGCAAAAAGACAGUUGUUCCUCAGUCCACCUGCUGAAGCUUAGUGGUCACAGGUAUCUUGGUGGUCUCUCUCACAGUUCAGUUUGUAAGAACAGUUUGCUCUUGGCAGAUUGACUCACGUGUCAUUUUUCCUUUUGACGAUGGAUUCAGCAGAACUAGGGAUGUUUAAGGCCUGGGAAAUCCUUUCGAAUGGCUUGUACUUUUAAAAAUAUUUUCUAUGAUUUGAAUUUGGACCAUCACUUUAAAAGGGAGAGAUUACACAAUCACAUAUAUUAAAUGUCAUAUUUACAUUACUUGGUAGAAAUUUUAUUCAAAUUUAGUUUUUGUAAAGGGUUUUACUUAUUAUCAAAAGGCCAACUUACCACGGAGUUGAUUUAGGCUGACUUAGACAUCAAUAAAUGGCUAAAAUAUCCGCUAUGCAUACUUAAAUGAACACUUUUAGGUACUGUACAUGAUUUUUUAUUUUCUGUGAGGCUCAUAAUUGUCUACCUUUCACUCAACAUUGGGUCUGAUAAAAGAUCUUAACAAUAGACCAUAAAUGGAAUUUGAAAAGUGAAAUAUUUCUGAAUUUGUUUGUCCUAUUUGUCUCCCUUAUUUAUUGAACAUGUUCUGAUUUUCUUUUCAAGUGACAAAUAA